CAACGGGAGUUUAAACCAUGGUUGCUACUAAGUAGUUAAAUGUCCGCUGUUUACAAAUGCGUCGUUCGCAUUUUUUCACACCGUUGGUACUUAAAAUCCGACACUUUCUUCUCAAACAGUGCUCUCUAACUUUUUGUUCGCAUUCCAUCGGAGAGGUCAUUUCGUACAAUACGAAACAUUCAGCUUUAGUUUAGUUCCCACCGUAGAACAUUAGUCUUUUGUUUCAAAUAACCUCGUGGUCGGACUUUCCUUCAUUCAUUAACUUUUCUGGAGACAAGUGGAAAUCCGUGUGUAGCUUUUCCGCUAAACGAUAUAGAUUGAAUUUCAGCUCAAUUUUUACUUGCUUACGGUUUAUUUUGCAGUGAGAUAUUCUCACAAAGCGGUUGCAGGAUGGUUUAAAUUGGACAGAUAAUGAGGGAGUUUCUUUUUACGAUGUUUGUGAUUGUGCUUGGCUUGUAUUUAGAUGGUACCAGAUUGUUUUAAGUUUAUUAUGAAGAAGAUUUAUACAAAGUUAUUUUUUGAGUGUUUUGUUUUUGCUUGCGAAAGAGCGGAGUGGUACGUCAAUUAUGAACGAUGCGAAGUAAUUAUGUUUCAUAUUAAGCACAUUGAGUAUUUUGCUGUCUUAGCCGGAAUUCGAGAUUUUGUAAUAACAAACAAAAAGGCAACCGUAGUUUACGCUGUGUGCAACACUUGCGAUAUAAAAAUAAAAAAUUCAAUUGGAUUUAUAAGCGAUAGUAUCUCUUUAAUUACUUACGUUGGCACUGUAGUACUAAUUAAAAUCAGCAAUACAUUUAUAUGACGAAUACAUUUGCCCCACCCAUGUGUUUUUUAGGACGUUAAUUGCCGACACAUAAUAAAUUCUGAUCAGUAUUUUAACCUUAUAAAUUAUUAGCAUGUAUCUAAAUCCACCUAGUUUAUUGUAAUAUUCCUGUUAUCACCUAUUUUCCUGGUAGGCACUUGCUAUCGGUCGAGUUAUAUACUCGUAAACACAGUUUUCGUGCCACCAUUUUCCGCUGUCAAUUCAAUACGUACGGACGAACACAUUGUUAUAUCCACAUUUAAUUCUUUAGUGCAGUGUUAGAGAAAUAUUUUAUUUUAAUUUUUAAAUAUUAGAAUAUUUUGAAGGAAAUGUGACUGUUUGUGUGACUUUUUGCUGUGUUUUUUUAAGUGUUGAAUAUGAUUUCUGGUAGAAGAAGAUUGUCGUUGAACGCUUGGGUGGAAAAAGCGAUAUACAAAAGGAGAGAUUCUAAAGAUUCUCCUCUGCCUUCACCUUUGUCAGAUGUGGUAUUUUUUGACAGUCCAAACCCGGUGUCGCGAAAUGAGAAGUUUCGGUCAGUGUCCGCGGGGUCGGUUGGAAGCAACAAUAUCCAGGAACGGCACUCGUAUGUUGAAGGUCGAGUGCCGGCUCCCCAUGGGCCACCACCGUCGCCCGGUUCUGCACCUCUGCAGCAUCGGCGUGUGACAGUCGCCUGCCAGGCUAGCCGACGACUUCUCGAAGAGACUCUUGCUAAAGCUGGCAAUGGUACUCCGCCAACAGUUGUCCUACCACCAUCUGGCUACUGGGUAGAUGGCAUGGAAGACACGCUCCCUGAAGGAGAAGAAGUCGAGACCCGAGCACAGCCAGGAACCCCACGACAAGCCACGAGGCGACAUAACAUCGACGCCGACGACACCGCUAAGUACUACAGGCGAUACUUCCUCGGCAAGGAACACAUCAAUCUGGUUGGGUCUGAUGAGAAUCUCGGUCCAGUAGUGAUGUCCCUCAAAAACGAGCAUAUGGCUGGACAAGACCACACUAGGAUACUGCUGAGGCUUCGUACAGAAACUAUGCAUGGACUUAUACCCACCACUAAUAGGUCAGGAAUAAUGCCACCGCCUCUCAAAAUGGCAAAAAUGCUUAAUGAACAAGUGAACAUCGACAACUUCACAGCAGUCAUGUGUCUCAACGCUUCAUCCCUGAUAGCAACCUAUGACGAACACGUCUUAGUAAACUGCUUCAAGUUCGGAGUCCUAUACCAGACUUAUGGGCAAACGACAGAAGAACAACUGUUCGGAAACAACGAAAUAUCACCAGCAUUCGAAGAGUUUCUAGAAAUGCUUGGACAGAAGAUCAAGUUGAAGGAUCAUAAAGGCUACCGGGGUGGUCUUGACAUUAUGAACGGACACACGGGCUCUGAAGCUGUUUACGAGACGUUCCAUAACCGCGAGAUCAUGUUCCACGUGGCACCCUUACUGCCACACACAGCAUGCGACGCGCAACAACUGCAGAGGAAACGUCACGUCGGGAACGAUAUCGUGGCUAUUGUUUUCCAGGAAAAGGCAACACCUUUCACACCAGACAUGAUAGCAUCACACUUCCUCCACACGUUCAUAGUGGUCACACACUUGGAGUCUGCCGGUGGGGAGACCAGGUACAAAGUGGCCGUCACCGCUCGUGAUGACGUACCAUUCUUCGGGCCGACUCUCCCGCAGCCGUCGAUAUUCCGCAAAGGGCGAGAGUUCAAAGAAUUCCUCCUUACGAAGCUUAUCAACGCUGAGAAUGCGUGCUACAAAGCUGAUAAAUUCGCUCAACUAGAGCUCAGGACCAGGGCCUCCUUGCUUCAGAACUUAGUCAAUGAUUUGAAGACGAAGACUACUGAGUUUUUGGGUUCUGGGGUAAGAUUGGAGCCUGGAGCGGUGUCGCCGCAACCAGAUGGCACCCCUAAGCAAGAUGGGCCCGCCAUGGGAACGCGCUUCAUCGAUACAGUUAAGAAAGCGAUUACCAAAGUCAGAUCACCAAGUGUAGACACAAAUCUCUCAAGCGAUAGCAACAAGAAUGCUUUGAACAAGAACAAGUUUGUUCAGAAUGAAACACAUACACCUAAUAGCGGCCGUUCCAAGUCAUCAGUAGCAUCGUCGUCCGCGUCUGCCGUGUCGGUCCGGUCGGCCGGCGGGUCGGGCGCAUCGCACGCAUCGGGCGAGUCCAGCCCCGACGUGACGUCACGAGCCGCACCUCCGCGCCCCCCUCUCACAGACCACAGUGACGAUUCCAGUCUCAAUUCUGUUGAUCUUGAUCCGCUUGCUGUUUGUUCAGGCGCGGUGUACGUGGACAGCGACACCGGGCUGGAGUCGAUGUCGUCGGCGGAGGCGGGCGCGGCGUGCGGCGGCUGCGGCGCGUGCGGCGCGUGCGGCCCGUGCGCGCGCCCCGACCUGCCGCGCGACGCCGACGCGCUGCGCCAGGAGGUCUGCCGGCUCAAGAACGACAAGCUGGACCUGUUGAAGCAAAACAUUUCAUGGCAAACCGAGAUCAAAAGCCUGCGUGAAAGAGAGAUGUCGCUACAAGCGGAGCUGAACGCCAUGCAUAGAGAAAUGAGGAGACUUCGUGAACAACAGGUCACCGGCACCGUUAUCCCCAACCCUUCCACACACGACUCCACCGCUUAAAUCUAACACUUAAUGGAUUGUGAUAUGGUCCUUUUUACAGUACGUAAUAUGUACGCCUUUACAUGACUCCACCGCUUCAAAGUAUUUCGAACUUUAUUGACUUGAAAUAUGGUCUGUACUUGUGUACACGUUUAUGACUGUCGUGGAAGAGAUCUGAUUAUUAGAAAUGACCAAGUAAGGUAAAUUGGGAUAUAGGGGGUUAUAAUGAACGAAAUGAUUUAGUAGUUUUUACUCGAUGUUGCUACUAAGUAAUGAUUAUAUACCUAUUGUUGCUCUCUUAAUACUUUUGUAGCGAAACACGUUUAUGUGCAAUAUUAUGUCUUUUAUAUGGGGUGUUCAAUUUCAAAACACAGUUGGUGGCUUAUUUAAUAAUAAAAAAAUAUUCUAGAGAAAUUACUCAAAUUAAAUAACGCUCAUACACUGUUUUGGAUUUGAACACCUGCGCAAUACAUAUAUUGUUAUAUUAGGAGAACUUAUUUAUUUACCUUAAAGAUGUCCCAGUUUUAUAUAUUAGUAAUAACUAAUACUUCUUAGGUCUUGGCUUGACUGAUUAUUAUUGAGAAAUGCUAAACUUCGACGUAAUAUACGAUUCUUUAGCUAAUUAUAGUGAAUAUGAUUCGAAUCUUUUAUAUGUUGUUAUACCAAAACUGAAUUGUUAAUGUCUAAUGUUAGGCUACUCGCUUUUUGUAAAUGUUGUGAUAACCUAGCGUAUUCGAGACAUUAUAGUUCUUUUAAUACAUUUAUAUAUUAUUGUGUUUCAAACAAAUGUACGUAUUUAUUAUUUUGGGUAAAGAAAAACCGCUUGUGUUCUUAUAGAGAGUUGUUUCUCGCGCAAAAUUAUUAUUUACUUUCCAUUAGUAAAUAAUUGUAGAGAUAUAUCUCUUUCUUAGAUUAGAUAUCUGUCACAGUCUAGAGUGCUUCCUUUUGUCAAAAAAAAAGUGUUUAAAUUCAUCAAGAAGUUUUUUUUUAAUAAAAAUGUUGAGUAACCAAAACGAUUCACAGAAAAAAAGAAUCGAUGACACACACAAUAUGAUAGAAUUGAAAAACAUUCAUUUAACCAAAGGAGCAUUCCUGGACUGAUAACUGUAUUAUUUUUCAAUGUUUGUAGCAACAUAAAAAACGGAAUUAAAUGUCCUAGGAAUUAGAUGACAAAAAUAACGGUACCUACUAAACUAAGCCUUGAAUUUAUCGUGUAGAAAGCCUAUAAAUGAUUAUGGUGCGUUAGAGAAAAAAAUAUUACUAAAUUCUUAUCGAUAGAUCCCAAAUUGUAUAUUGAAGUAUCCCAGUACAUUGAGUUUGUAUGUAGCGUUUCUACUGCACAGUGCAAUUUACGUAUUUUAAGUUCAAUUUCGCUGAAUAACAUUGAUAGCCUUACUAAUAAUGAUCAUAAUCGCGUAACACUCACUGCUGAGCUGAUCAAUUUUAUCUAAUGUCAAAUCUAAUGAUCAAGGUUAUUGGUUGGCCAAAAGACUAACAACCAAUGACGUCACUUGUCAUGAAGAUUGAUACUCGAUUCAUUAAUAUGUGUGUUGAUCUGUGUCUACACAUUUUAAAGAGGAUUAUCAAUACAUUUGUAUUGUUUUUAUCGAAGUAAAGUAAGGCUAUUAUUAUUAUUAGUUUACAAAUUUAAGUUCACCAGUUAAUGUAAAUAUAUUCCAAACUGGUCUUAGGCUAUUCGAUAACAGUAUUUCUUUUAAUUUAUGCUUUGAUUUAAGUUUCGUUUCUCGAGUGUAUUUGAGGUUGAAUAAUGUUUUGUUGUUUAUAAUUAAUAUUUUAUACCAAAGUUAACAUUCCCCACUAAAUAGUAUAGAGUUUUAUAUAAUUACCUUUAAAGUGAAUCAGUAUUGUUACAACUGACGGAAAACGCUAACAUACAUUCUAAGUUUACAUUUAAACUUCUUUGUUAAAUGUAAUCAUUUAGAUUUUGUUUAAAUGUUGAUUGACACGCAACUGUUGAUUCGUCUUCACUUAGACUUAAACCAAAUAUUGAGCGCGGAGCGUUAGAGGAAAUAGUUUAUAAUUAUAAAAGAUACCUAUUGAAAUAUAUAAAUAGUUAAUAAUAAAU